AUGUCCUCGUUUCUUGAUAUUCUGGGCGAUGGACAUGUGAACUUUGAAAAAUGUGGGGACGUUGUUGUUUCGCCCAAGGACAACAUGGUCGCCAUGCUCUGCCAUUUCUGCAAAGACAUUUUCACUCAUCUGCCGGAGUUCAUGAGACACCUUCAGUGGUCCCACAGCGACGUGUUGCAAUUCACAAAGGAGCAGAAUGUUUACAGAGUCGAGGAACUGAUGUCCUUGGAGAGCUCAGAAGAUGAUGUACAGUCGCAGGCAAACAGCUGCAGCAGCGGCGACUCGGGAUUGGCAGGCGAAAUGGAAGAUGCAGAUGGGGAACCAGGAUCAUCCGAGUGCCUGGCAAAUAAUGUGGAAAUAAUGAAUGCCCUGGCAGCAUUCGAUGUGGAUGUCGAUGUACUGAAUAAUGUCAGCCAUGAACAGUCGUAUUCAAAAAAUCCUCCGGAUUCCCGGACAGAAGAUAUUGGUGAAAAAUGUGCCGCAAGAAAUAUUCUAGCAGAAGUGGAAGCCAUGUUGCUUGAAGAUGAGGGCGACAUUUCUCCCAGCUCCCAAACUGUCCAGUCAGUACAUUGCCGUGCGGAGAGGAAAAUCCAGGCAGAACCUAUCAUAACAGAAACACCCGUCAAGAAAACGUACUGCAAAGUAAACUACACCGAGAAGGAGAUAGAGGCCCACAGCUCGAAAGGUUUCCGUUGUGCCCGCAAGCCGGGGAGAGUGGAAAAACCACCGAGCAUCUGCGACCUUAAGAGCUACAACAUUACCAGACACUCCCGCAAAAGGGAGGCGAUCAAACAGCGCCUAAGCAGCGUAAAAAAGCGUAUCAUGCGCUCCCUUGAAAAUGAUGUGUCAAAGCCAGUCGUUAUGAAUCUAAAUGACAGGCGUCUGCCUUUAAAAGGCACCAGCAUUAGGCAGGAAUUACCAUCAUUAAAAAAUGAGUCCAAAAACUCAGGUGUGGCCAUUGGCUAUCAAGUCGCUGCUGUAGCUACAAAAUUGCCACGUGACAAAUUGGAGUCUAAAGAAAACUGCGCUAUGUUAACUCAAGCGAUCCAGUCUAGUGAAAUGAAGCCAGCAUUUAUCAACCAUUUGAUCAGGACAAAAACUUCGGCUAAUGUUAGUUUAAUUAGGCCAGCGUUAACCUCGUCUACAGCCAAAUCUUUAGUUAAGGAGAAAUCGGUCCUGUCCGCUUGGACAAAUCGAAAUAGUACUACAAAUAGCACUUCUAUCGCCUCGGUUCCUGCUAGUCUGCGUGGCAACGAGGCAAAGACUUACAUGAUAAGUCCCAGGCUCAACAAACUGCGAUCCAAAUUGAAUAACUCUCUUAGCUCUAACAUUUCUGGUCCACCAAAACAAUCAAAAAUGCCUUCUCUAUUGGAAAACAGUUCAGUAAAUGAACUUCCAGCUGUCUUGGAGUCUACGAACCCUCCCAGUUUCGAUUCGGAACAGCCUUAUGUGGUGUCUACGACGAUAAAACCAUCCAUUCGUCCAUGCCCCAGUAGGACAGCUGUUCAGACAGACAGAAACAUCUCCCAUCAGCCUGUAGCUAGAAGAUCAACCGUGAAUAUAGAGCGGGUUGAUAUUCUGCCACCCAUCAAUAUAAAACAGAAGAUGAAAAUGUCAGCCAAGGAUAUACCGUUUUGGGAAAGUAUAAUUAUCUCAAGUGUUGCCAGUCAACAACCAUCAGAGUUGAAUACCACAAAUAAUGCAGUGGAUCAGCCCCCAAAGCGUCCAGAGCGCAGAUCUUCGCUAACGGUCAUCUCCAGUAGCCCAAUUCAGGCUAUGAAACCCAUGAGAAGGUCUUCUAUGACAAGAGAAAACACAUCUCCUGAAAGCUCACGAAUUCUUCGUUCGGGAGAAGUUGAAAGUCCUGCAAAAGCCAACAAACGUACAAAAGACAGUUUUGAAGAAACUAGUUCCUCCAAUGAAAAAGGCAAUGCAAAACGAUCCAAAUUAGAGCAGAAUAGAUGCUCCAUGAACUUCAGUUUGUCGGCGAGCGUUACAGAGUAUAUCCGGAGUGAUUUGAAAACCUCAAAGUUGGAUUUAGACAGCCUCCUUCGGUUGACUGAGCCCCUAGAAAGCGAUGCUUUUGAGAACACACUAGUGGAAGACCAAGUUAAAAACGCCACAAAAAUGGGAAGCCCACAGAAGGAGUUUACUAAACUCCAAAUUGGUGUCAAGCCUGAAAUGGAGGCUCUGAAAGAAGACCUUAGGCUGCUGAAGACGGUUGGGUUGCUUGUAUUAAAAGAUUCCUGCUUUGAAGAUAAACUGCCCUUUGAGCAGUCGGAGAGCUUUCGUAAAACAGCGGCCAAGUUUAGCAAAAUCUAUCAUACGUACGAUACAAUCUGGAGUUACAGGAAAACAAAGACCAUUGGAGUACACCAACGCCUAACCGAGCAGCUGAACUCAUUCACCGAGGAGGUAAACAGGGAGAUUGACUGCCACUUGACCACGAACGAGAUAAAACGCAUUCUAAACUUAAUUAACUCGUGGUAUGCGUAUCAGAUCGAUCAGAGGUUCUUUAGGAAGGCGACCCUUUCGUACAGCGUUGAGCACUACAUGUUCCUGUUUCACUUUCUGCCAAAGAUUAAUCCGACUGUGUACUUUUGCGAGUGCUGUGAGGAGAUUUUCCCCAACGAAGCGCGCUACAAGAAACAUGUCCAGAGUGUACAUGCUGUACACGCGUUUACAUGCUCCGAGUGUGGUAAAUCCUUCAAGCGCCUCUAUUUCUACGAUAAACACCUCAAAACAGUACAUCUUAAGCCAUAACGUGCCAAAACAUAAUUACUUAGUAUUAGUUUUUUUUAAAUUUGUGAACCAUUUUGUAGAGCACUCAAUGCCAUUUAGUGAAAUUGUAUAGCGAGUGCGCCGAUAAAUAGGCGAUUUGUAUAUCAUUGUGUACAAAGGCUUUUAUGAGACUGCUUCCACUCUUAAUUCGUGGGGAGAGUGGUCAUAGCAGUCAAGUUCAUGAACCGCCUGGACGAGUUCUUAUCAAGUUAUCUUCUUUUUAUCAUGUUACGCCUUAACGUAGUUCAAGUCUAUUAUAUUGAUUUUUGAGUAGUAAUUUAAAUCUGCCUAAUUUCAUAUUGCCAUGUUAAAAAUAAAGUACACACUUUUCUAUUA